AUGCCAAGCUCAAUCCGACUCAUCCGCAUUCUUGGCCGUCUUUCUGCGUUUGCCACCUCGAUUGUCACCUGCUGCUGCCGCUGUUGCUCCUGCUGUCGAGCUGUCGGUCUCGACCGGAUCAGGAACCUUGGCUACGAUGUCUUUGAGAAAGUCAAAGGUUUCGUUGGUGUGCACUGUCCUCUUGCUGUUGCGAUUCGAAGACGGGAGCGACAUGAGAGCGGAGGGGGAGAGAGAGAAAGACGGAUGUCUGGUCAGUACGCGAUCGUGAUCCUGCGAUGA